AUGGGAUUUAUCCAAAUUGUGAUCUUUUUGAGAAGCAAUUUUUCUGUUAACUACGGUACGUCACCAAAUUUUAGUGCAACUCUCACGGCGCCUAUUCACAAAAUGGAGUUUAGCAAGUCUAUCGGCUCUGUCAGUCAGGUCAAGGUAUCAGCUCUUCGGUCUACUUCACUUAUCGACUGUGUCGACGAUGAAGUCAUUACGACGAGGUGCACCACUCAAUCAACUUUUGACCAAAGUCAACCUGGCCAUUCUGCUGCCAAAAAGACGCUCACUGCAGUUUGGAUGUUCGUUGGAUUCGUGCCUCUCCUUUUGCAAACAAGAAGUUUUUUCCGACUUGUGACGCCGCACAAGAUCUCGCGGACUUUGGUCGCACCGAUGUCCGCAGCAAAGCUCACGUCCGACGUGGAGACGCUUUGCCCAUUGGUAGGACUAACGAUUGCUGGCACUUGGUGGAAUGUUGCGGUCACACAUUACUACGAGCUGGAAAAGGGCAGAAUAUGCCAUUUUGUUGUGCCUCAGUACAAUAUUCACGGCAACUACGUCCUAGGAGCCAAACAAACACCGACAGAUAUAGAUAUAUCCAGCUGCAAGGAUAAUAGCUAUUAUUUCGAGUACUUCUUCUAUCAUGGAAGUAUUAGCUAUUAUGCCUUCUAUGAAGAAGCCACAGGCACGUUUUGUGCCAACGAUAAUGUUGGUUAUGUGAUUGUCCGCGGUCUUGGAACCUACGAUGGAAAUGGUGCAAAGUUGGCCAAUGACGUGGGCGAUUCGACUUAUCGAUUAUCAUAUUGGUAUGGGCUGUUCGGGUUUUUCUGGAUCACCUAUCGUACAUUUAUGCUGCGAAGAAGCUACAUUUCGUGCAAGCGCUUCGGACGACGGUGUGAUCUACUGCAAGAACCGAUGCAAUUUCAGAAUUGUGUCGUGUUUGUCCAAGAAAGCAUGCGCCUUUCAGCCCACGGGGCAAGGAAUUACCAUCGUAUUGUACUAAUUUAUUUUUUAAUUGAAGGAUUGAUGAGUGAUUUGUUCAUGCUCAUUGCGCAAGACGGACUUCUCGCAAAGGUGCAGUACAUCUCUCUCGGAUACAAUUUAUCAGGGGUUUUGUCGAUCUUGUUUGAAAUGGUUGAGACCAUGGGUUGGAUUCGAGAGACUCCGCGCGUUCUGAUCAAACGUUUGCUCUUUAAUUACGAAACAGCGCUGCUGGGCGAAUUUGCUUGCUCAGCCGCAAUGCAACAUUUUCUCACUGGGCUGAAUAAGUCUAGUCUUCAGAGAACAAGACCUAUCGCCGAGGACGUAUCAUAUUACGUAUGGAGUCUCGUCGGACACGGCAUUAUCGUGCUUGGAGUCGUGUUCGUGAUUGCAUCAAUCCGUUCAGUAGGAGCAAUUAUUAGUGUGCGGUGGCUUUUUGGCUCAUUUAACUUAUUGUGGACAUCAUGCUGCGUCGAUACGGCUAUUGGACCACGGUGUAAGAUGAUCUUGUUAAGUGGUUAUGUUUGGGAAAAUGGCAUGCUUUGCUACAAGGCUAAAACCCUUAAGUCUUUUGGUAUUAUGAAAAUCCUAGAGAAAAAUAAUAAUCAAGCUAUUGUACUUCAUCGACUAAAUUGGCUUACCAUUCCACGGGAUGACUUAUUGACGAUAGGGAAUAUCAAUGGAAACUUCGUGACGCAUUGCGAUGAGCGUUCUAUUGUCGGUGUGGUAAGCAUGAUUGGGAGAGCAUUGGGCGGUCCUUCAGAUUUGGAUACAACAAAUAGUCUUGCUGUGGUGCGGGUAGCGGUAAAACAACGCAGACCAGAAGAAUUGCUAGAAUCGAAUUAG